CGGCUGCUUGCUGAGGUUCGUCCUCAGGAUGUGAGCAGAGCCGCACGGACCGCACAAACUCUUCAGAGACGGUUGCGUCUACCUUGCGAGCUCUUGCUCCACCCUCGUGUGGCAGAAAAAUGAGAUUUCAGCGAUUCUUUUUUCUACUUUUUAUUUUUAUGAUGAGUCUUCUGCUUAUCCACGGACAGAGACCGGCUAACUUGGCAAUGAGAAGAAAAUUUCACAGACACAGCUGCCUACAGAGGAGAUGUAUGCCUCUCCAUUCGCGCGUGCCCUUCCCCUGAGGACCUGUACAGGGUGUCCAACUGCCUACCUGGAAUCACCUCAGCUGCCCUGCAGACUGCAGACACUUGAAGCCCAUGGCCACAGUGCACAUGCAGAUCUCCACCAUGGCUUCUGCACAGCUAUUCCUGUAACUCAGCUCUCUGUUCCAAUGCCGUUCAUGUCAUCAGGAAGGACUUCCCUGAUGAUCCUUUAUGUAAAACAGCAGUACCAAAAUAAAGUUUUAAAACAAUUCU